AUGACGGCGAUAACGAUGAUGAUGGGCCGCCGCCGCCGCCGCGACGCCCCGGUGACCGCCUACCAGGGCCACCGCCUCCUCGGCCAGAUGACGACAGCGACCAUGAUGACGGUAGGUGUCUGCAAGCAAGAAUACAUUGACGCAACUGACGAUUAUCUAGUGACCCGGGAAAUUAGAAGAAAUGACCCACCUAAUCCACCUAACCCGCCUGAUCCUACCAACCCUAAGCCUCCCGACAAUCCCAAGCCUCCUACCAAUCCCAGGCCUCCUGACAAUCCCAAACCUAAUCCCAACCCACCUGAUCCUAACCCAAGACCACCGUCGAACUCUAACGACGACGAUGAUGGUGAGUAA